GCUAGAGCGUACAGUACGAUAUGGAUUUUGACGAGCAUGAUGACGGCGACGAAGAGAUGGGUAUUCCGACCUACAACCUGGGGCUAAGCAAUUCGGGCCGGGCCAAGCCAGGCGGAGUAACAGAUCUCCCUGCCGGUAACUUUAACCGCAGCGCCGGCAGCGGAGUACGUUACCGCGAGUGCCUGAAGAACCACGCGGUCUCUAUCGGCGGCCACGCCGUUGAUGGCUGUGGUGAGUUCACGGCUGCGGGUGAGGAAGGCACGAUUGAUGCCCUUCGCUGCGCCGCUUGCAACUGCCACCGUAACUUCCACCGCAAGGAUAUGGAAUCCGGCGGAGGCACCGGCGGCGAUCGCUCUGGUUUCCACUCGCCGUACUCUCCGUAUUAUCGGAUGCCAGUGGGAUAUCUUCAGUAUAACCAGAUGGGGAUGGCGGCGGCUGCUGGACAGCAUCGGCCGAUGGGUCCAUUGGCACUUCCAUCAACGUCAGGGGGAGGGCAGAGUAGGGAGGACCCGGAGGAUGUCGGUGGUGGCGGUGGCGUUGGAGGACUUGGAGCAUCGUCGUCGUCGUCGGGAAAAAAAAGGUUUCGAACAAAGUUUACUCCUGAGCAAAAAAACAAGAUGCUGGCUUUUGCGGAGAGAAUUGGGUGGAGGAUUCAGAAGAAUGAUGAGGCGGAGGUUCAGCAGUUUUGUGAAGAAACAAGCAUAAAGCGACAUGUUUUCAAGGUUUGGAUGCAUAAUAACAAGCAUUCUAUCGGUAAGCAAGCCAUAGCUCCAUCGCCUCCUCUUCCUCCACCACCUGAGUCCACCGACCAUUAGGGUUUUCUUCCAGUAUCGACUUCCUAGUCUCUCUCUCUCUCUAUUUAUAUCUCUCAUAUAAUUAAUUUCUUCUUCUCUAAAUUGCUUGUAGCUGUUUAUCUGCAGGUUAGCUUUUGUUUGUUUCUGUUGUAUCUGUUUUCUUUCAGGAGAUCA